UCGUACACAGUCAGUUUCAGUGGUGUGAUUGUUGUGUCAUCCUUGGGGAGAUAUCAUUUUUUGAUAAAGGAUUUCUUCCAAUGUGGGUUUUCGGCUAAUGCAAAUCGUGAUUUCAGUUAGUUCAAUUUGAACUUCAAAGCAUUAGCAAAGGCAUUUGAUGGUCAAACUUCGAAGCUUCCGUUUUUGCGGCCGGGUUCAAGAAGUUGUGCAUGCUGUGCUGGGUCGGCGGAUUGUCUUCGGAAAAACGGUGGUAAUUCAACAGUACAAUGUCAUCUCAAAGUGCUGCAUGUCCAAUUUGUAAUGAGACAUUUCCAAUGAGGACAAUCAACAAACAUAUUGAUGGUUGCCUCCUUAAAGUAGACGAGGGUUCUAAUGGCAGCCAGUCCUCCGACAGUGAAGAUGGAGUUAAGGGGGCUUCAAGUUCAAGCACAGAGUUGGAGUCAUCGGCACACACAAUGAGGCCUACCGAGACGACUAGCGUGCAAGAUAAGCAGGAAAACCAUGAGCAGGUUGGCAAUAGUAAAGACAAAAAGAGGAAAAACUGGAGCUUCUUACUUCAGUCCAGCAGCAAGAAAUCAAAGGUAGAUACUGACUUGAAACAUGGCAAGAAGAUCAAAAUGAGCUCAACGACAGCAAGUAGUAAAACAGACAAGUUAUCUGAAGAUAGCCCAACUGUUUCAAUAUCCAACAUUGCAUCUACACCUUCAACAACAUCAUCUUCGUUUGCGUUUGGGACACUAGGAUCAUCCAAAAGGCCAUCUUCAAAAACAGAUUUCCAACCUUUGGCUCAACAAAUGCGUCCUCGGAACUUCACAGACUUUAUAGGCCAGAAGAAGGCAGUUGGUUCUCAGUCGUUGCUUAGACGUCUUUUAGAGGCAGACAAAGUCCCAUCUAUGAUACUUUGGGGCCCUCCAGGAUGCGGUAAAACUACUUUGGCUCACAUCAUAGCUGAACGAGCUAAGGCAAGUAAAAUGAUGCGUUUUGUUACGAUGUCGGCCACAACGGCAACUGUGUCGACGGUGAAGGAGGCCAUUACAGCUGCUUCCAAUGAGCAGAGGAUGACUAAACGUAAAACCAUUCUCUUCAUUGAUGAGAUCCAUCGUUUCAAUAAGAUACAACAGGACACAUUUCUUCCACAUGUUGAAAAUGGAACAAUCACCCUCAUUGGGGCCACCACAGAAAACCCAUCCUUUAAAAUAAACAAUGCCCUCCUGAGUCGUUGCCGGGUUGUGGUGCUGGACAAGCUAAGCACGGAGGACCUGUUGUUGAUUCUCGAGAGAGCUGCUAAAAAACUAGGUGUGGAAGUGCUCAAGGAGGGAGAGACGUCAGAUGGGAGGAUCAAGGAAGCCUGUAGAAGUAACCAUGACCAAGAAGGUACCAGUCAAUCCGAAUCAAGGUGUCCAGUUUGCAUGGAAAGCAGUGCAUUAUCAUACCUUGCCAAUCUCUGCGACGGGGAUGCACGAAGCGCCCUCAAUACCCUACAAGAGAUCAUCCAAUCGCAGGCCCCCUCCCUUAACUCUGACCAAUCACAAUCACUGUGUCAUCAGCAGGGCAGUAGUGGACUGCCUGGAGUGAGAUCAGAAAAACAAAACAAUGAGGAAAAUGAGAGGGUUGUAAUUUCAACGGAACAUGUGAAGGAGGCGUUGCAGAGGUCACAUGUCAUGUACGACAGAGAAGGUGAGGAACAUUACAACUGCAUAUCAGCACUGCAUAAGUCAAUGCGUGGUAGUGAUGCAAAUGCUGCCCUCUACUGGCUGGGAAGGAUGCUCGUAGGUGGUGAAGACCCACUGUUUAUCGCACGAAGACUCAUUGCCUUCUCAAGUGAAGAUGUUGGUUUGGCAGACCCACAAGCCUUGAUGCAAGCUGUGUCUACCCACCAAGCAUGUCAGUUUCUAGGAAGACCAGCCUGUGAGGUUGUUCUCGCUCAGUGCGUUGUCUACCUGUCAAGGGCUCCUAAGUCCCCCAUGGUGGAAGGCCUUCUCAUGACGGUCAAGAAAUACAUUGAAGAGUACGAGGGACCAGUCCCAGGAGUUCCCCUGCACCUACGCCCAGGGUCUACUCGGCUGAUGAGGAAUUUGGGUUACGGUAAGGGGUAUGUUCAUAGCGCCGCGGCUGGUGAUCAGGGUUUUCUUCCACAAUGUAUGCAAGGGGUGGACUUCUUCAAGGAGAGUAAAAAGGUGUUGGAUGUCAAGUAAUGGAAGAAAAGUGGUAUAUAUUUGUGCUUUUCUACCCUGUAAAAAUUAUUAUUACUAAAAAAAUGUGUUGUGAAUCGAUGCUGUUGUUGCCAAAGUUGCCAGAAACCCCACAGAGUGGGGCUGGAAUAUCUGAAAUUCCUUAAGUCUUUCAAAUCACUUUUAAAACCGCCAUUACAUUGUUCAUACUGAUUUAAAUAUUUAAGGUAAAAACAAAAAAUUUUAUAAUUUGGUGAGAUUUAUCACUAACAGACUUAUAAGGGGCUUGAAAAUAUACGAAGAUAGUUGUAUGAAAUUCACAUAAACUGCUAUGAGAACUCUUUUAGUACUAACAGACAGUAUUGCCUUGAAGUAGUGUACUGUCUCAAUUCAAAAUGACUUCUUAAUUCACCUCAACUCCUUGUAAAGUAAAUCAGUCACACGAACAACCUUUAUCCUAGGAAUACCCAUUAACUCUCUGGUAGUGAGAAACAGUUACUUGCCCAAAGACACAAACUACCAACACAAGUGCGAGAUCAGGAUCCUGCAACAGGAUUAGUUGCUGGCGUGAAAUCGUUGUCGCGUUCCCACUUGAGUAUGACCACGCAUUGAUCCCCCUUGUGGGACGGAAGUGGGUUCAAAGUUCACGUUUGUUUAUCUUGUUCUUGAUCUCCUUUGUUGCUCUGUUGAUGAAGCCAUUUUCACUCAUCUUCAUUGCAAUUACCUGGUAUACAUGUACUGCGCUAUUUACAACCUCCUAUGUACCCUCUAUAAAAAUCGUGUGGAUUUGGGUUAAAUGUGGAUGCCUUGUACAGAACGUGUAGUUGGUAUCGUCAUGUGACGGCCAGCUGCUGUAUGCUUUACUUGCAAUUUUUAUUUGUCACCAACUACAAGAAUCAA